UAGGGAGAGAUUAUUUUGAAUUCAUAAUCCGAACCGGGUAGUCGUGCGCAUCUUACACAAAGGGACGGUUAUAAAAGUUGUAAUAAAAUGGGCCUAACGAAUUUGAACGAUUUAUACAACUCCGCAGAAACUUUACCACCAUGGUUGAACCAAGAUACGAUGCGCUUCGCGAUGCAGACAACACUGGAAGACCACAAGACGAUACGUCGGCGUUGGUCCAGUGGGUUUGAAGGUAAUGCAGGCAGCAACAUAGAUGCUGUGAUGCAAGAGUUCAGGAUGAACGGAUCCGACACUCCCUACGAUCCUGAAGACGUUCAUAAUAUUGUUGACCCUUCACUUCAAGACGCAGGCUUACUAGGCCUGGGCCCACCGAGCAGUUACCUCCGACAGAAAUCCUGGCCAGCUCCAGACAGCACUCCCUGCACUCGUCUUCCGAGAUACACUCCUAUGCCUGACUACAUCAUUGGAUCUUCUGAUGAAGAAUCCCUUUCAUCCGAGACGCUGACUGAGCAGCAGCGUCAAGUUCUCAGCACCAUCCCCACGGCUGUGCUGUAUCACUUGCUGAGGGAUUUGGAGAAGACUCGGGUGCAAGAAAAGAUGAAGAAAACGGAGAUAGAGUGUCGCUUCUGCAGGAACAACGGCGAGCGCGAGCAGUACUACCGCACGCACUGGCUGCGCGUGGAAGGACGCGUCACCUGCCCCGUGCUGCGCGCGCUCGUCUGCCGCCAGUGCGGCGCGCACGGCGACCGCGCGCACACGCUCAAGUACUGCCCGCUCACCAGCCCCGCGCAGCGCAAGAAGUCCGCAGCGAUGAUGCAAAGUCUGCGCCUGGCGUCCAGUCGGCGCCGCAACAAGCUGCCAUCUGACGACAACGCCGGAGACUACGUCGUGUUCGGUGAAUUCUCACAAAACCUGCUCAGAGAUGGCGCUCUCUGCAACCCCUACGAAUUUCCCUUGGACCCCAUGUGGGCAGCAUUGGAGAAGAAACUAAUGCGCUAAU